GGAGGGGAAGGACGACCACCGGGCGCCCUUCUGCCGCUACACAGCCUAGUGAGUUGUGCGCUAACCGCCGCCCCGGAGGCGGUGGCGGCGCUGCGGCCAGCUGGUUGCCGGGAGAUCGAUGGCGCGGGCGAGGAGGAAGCGCGGCGCAUCUACGGCUGCCGCAGCGGCGGCGGCUGCGGCGCAGUGGAAGGUCGGCGACCUGGUGCUCGCCAAGAUGAAGGGUGGCUUCCCCGCGUGGCCAGCCAUGAUAAGUGAACCAGAGCAAUGGGGUCUACCUUCUGUUAAAAAUAAGCGUCUGGUCUACUUCUAUGGAACUAAACAGAUUGCUUUCUGCAACUAUGCAGAACUGGAGGCGUUCACUGAGGAGAAAAGGAGGUCUUUACUUGCUAAGCGACAUGGCAAAGGGGCUGAUUUUGUAAGAGCAGUUGAUGAGAUAAUUGAUGUUUACGAUUCUUUGAAGGAAGAUAGUAACAAGCUUGAUCUUACUGCCGAUGAAGUGAUACCAGGUGAAGAAAAUCUUGGUGAUAGUAAUAGCAGAUUGGAUACUAAAGAUCUAGCUAAGAGCUCUAACAUGUCUAGUGAUAAAAAAUUAGAAGACCAUUCAGUCACUGCAAGAGAUCGCGACUUGGUCACUGCUGAUGCGCCUUCUGUCACUUUAGUCGGGAGUGAGCGAUGCGUUGUAAAUUCUGCUCCUGAUGGGCCUACUGAAAACAUAUCCAUGCUUGACGAGAUGAGGAAUAUCCCUUUGUCUGCUAGUUCAUUUUCGAAAAAAAAAUUAAGGGAUGCAUACGCUCAGAACUGCUACGCACGGAGCAGGGCUCCAGCUUUGCGGAUGUCGAGAAGUUCAUUGAGUGUUGUAAACAGAAAAGUUCAGGGUUCUUGUAAGCUUUUGGGUGAAACCAGUUUGGCUUCUGUUGAUUUGGUUUCUGAUGACAAUAAGGAAGAUUUGACUGUUCUUAAAUACCCAGAGCAUGACAAAGCGAACUCAGGCGCCCUUUCUAUGCUGGAUGAGGUUUGUGUGCAUUCAAGUGUAGGCAUCUUCAAUCAACCUGGAACUCCUGGGGCUAGUGACUGCAAUAAAAAUUUGUCUUCUACUGCUAAGGUAGAUAAUACCUGUGACAGCGAAGCAUCUCAAAAUGGAGCUUCAGCGCUAAAAUUAAAAUCAAAUGGUGCAUCAAGUUUUCCCAUGCAGUCAACAGUAAUUUUCAAGAGAAAAAGGAAGCCAAAUAGAAAUUGGGUUCCUCAUGCUACAGAUUGUAUGACACCCAAUAAAGGCGAGGAAUUCGAGGUUGAGUUGAGUGGAAGACUCACAGAUUCUCCAAAUUCAAAGAAUGAAUUUAAUAAGUCAGACGGAGAUGAACACUUGCCGUUGGUCAAAAGAGCAAGGGUUCGAAUGGGAAGGCCUCAGUCAGUGGCUUCACCAAAGACAGUUGGCCAGAUUGAUGUUGCUAAUAAUAGAUCAGGGCUUGCUGCACCUGCUGACCACUCUGUUAUGCAUAUUAGCAAUGCUUCUUCAGCUGAUCAGUCAUCCAUAUUAAACGUGCCUGUCCUGCUAGGGGAUGGUCACUCUGUCUGGAAGAAUAAAGAAUACCAACCAAGUGGUUUAACAUUGGAUGUGGAAGCUGCUUUGCCACCAUCAAAACGCCUCCAUCGUGCUUUAGAAGCUAUGUAUGCUAAUGUUGUGGAAACUAUUAGUAGUCUUCCUGAAGAGAGAGGAUCAAAGCAGUUGAUUCUAAAUGGUUGUGUGUCUGCAGAAAACAGCCAUUCUAGUAAAUCGGCAGACACAGUAGUCACAAGCCCUAACAGAUCUGGAAUAAUUGAAAGCCUUGGAUCAUCAGGCAUGCAAUUAAUGCAUAGCUCAACAGGCCAAACACACACCUCAGGAUCAAUUUUACAGAAUAAAAAUGUAGUUGUUUCCAUGAAACUGAAUGAGCCUGCCCUUGAUGUGACACAGACCAUAGCUGUACAUGACCGGUUAUCAUCUUCUCGGAAACCUAGCUGUAAUGAUGUCUCCAAGCUAAUCAGCUACAAUAGUGAUACAAAACCAAUCGGCUGCCCUGCUUCUGAUGUUAAUAGGAGUGAUGACAGAUGCGGCGAGCCAGUUGACCAACCAAAGUCUCUUCUCUCUGAUAAUAAUGUGGACAGUGAUUCAGUAUCAUGUGGUGAUACUGUUUUAGCAUCAGCAAUCAAUAUUUGUGAUACCACAAGCACCUCUUCAUUUGCUACCAAGUCUUCUAGUGUACAGUCUGAUGCAGAUACCCGAACAUUUGAAGUGAAGGAAUAG